UCUGGUGAUUUUCAACUUAGGGUUUCUUACCUCCUGUAGUAUGAGCAAGAUCUCACCAGAUCCAACAACUAUGUGGUCUGUAAUAGUGGUCGAGGCAAGUUCCAACAACCCGAGAUCUAGGUGUCGGUAAGGCGGCAACGUGAGAAGGAGGUCGCUGCUAUGACUCAUACAGUGGCAGGGGAUGAGGAUGAUUAUAGAUCUACUCCUUGGAAAGAUGAAGUAACCAGGACCACACGUGUUGAGGAAUUUUGUUUCAUCACAUAUACUACUUACACAAAAUCAGAGGUUCUGAAAAUGGAAAGUCAAGUUCUGAACAUUUUGAAUUUUCACCCUUCACCACCAACAACAGAAGCUUUUUUCGGGAGAUUCAUAAGAGCAACACAGGCUUCCCACCAGGUAAAUAUUCUCUAUUUGCUUGUAAUUUGGGUUAAUUCUGUUUCUUCACAUGCUUAAUUGUUGUUUUCUACAAUUUGUUAGAACCGAGUUUUGUAUUGGAGUGUUUGGCAAAUUAUCUAGCUGUGUUGACUCU